AUGCGUGUAAGUAGUUUCGUUGGCAUAGCAGCAAACCUCUUGUUCGCUGUGCCAUCAGGGGCUCGCAUCAGCCGGAUUCACCUGAACGGCCUACCACCUCCUCCACCCAACGAUGGCAGCUUGACCAAGAGAUCCUAUGGCCCAACCCACGAAGGCGUUUUCCAGCAGCUCAUAGACCACAACAAACCCGAGCUCGGCAGAUUCUCCCAACGCUAUUGGUACAACGCGGAUGACUGGGCCGGGCCCGGGUCCCCGAUUAUACUCAACGCGCCUGCUGAGCACGAGGCCAAUGCCUUCCAUGCGACCAAAAAUUCCCUCGUCGGGAGAUUUGCUCAAACCAAUGGCGGUGCCGCCAUUGUGCUCGAGCACCGAUACUGGGGCAAGAGUUCUCCCUUCAACAACCUAACCAUCACCAACCUCCAGUACCUCAACCUCGACAACGCCAUCCAAGACCUAAUCUACUUUGCCCACAACGUCGAGCUGCCAUUCGACCUCGGGGGGACCUCAAAGCCAACCAAGGCACCGUGGGUUCUAACCGGCUGCUCGUACUCUGGCGCCCUCGCGGCAUGGACGCACCACCUGGCCCCGGGCACCUUCUGGGCAUAUCACUGCUCAAGCGCCGUCGUCGAAGCGAUUACCAACUUUUGGAAAUAUAACCAGCCCAUCAAGGAGGCCAUGCCCAAAAAUUGCAGCACGGAUAUGCAAGGGGUCAUGAAACACAUUGACGGCAUCCUAUCUGACGGCACAAAGGACGAAAAACAUGCCCUGAAGAAGAAAUUCGGCCUGGAAUCACUCACUCAUGACGACGAUUUCGGCGCGGCCCUCGCAGGUGGUCUGCAAGAAUGGCAAAGGACCGUGUUCUUCAAGACGAAGAAACCAAACGCCCUGUACCAGAUGUGCAACUACCUCGAGAACGUCUUCCCACGGAAAAGCAGUCGCAUAAUUAGCGACCGACCUGCUGUUCCAGGGCCAGAGGGUGUCGGUACUUCCAAAGCCCUCGACGGCUUCGCCAAGUGGUCCAAAGAAGUCUAUCUACCAAGAGCAUGCGCGGAAUUCGGCUACUGGGCAGACAACAACACCGCAGCGUGCAUGGACAUGAACAACAAGGACAACCCCAUGUACACGGAUCUCUCUGUCAACAACACGGCCAACAGACAGUGGUACUGGCUACUAUGCAACGAGCCGUUCGAGUGGUGGCAGGUCUCCGGGCCAGACGACAUCACCGGCCUCGCAUCCAAGCACGUGGGCCUCGACUACGCCCGCAUGCAGUGCCGCAACAUGUUCCCGCGGGAGGGCAACCGCACGUACGGCCUCGCGCUCGGCCGGAGCGCGCGCGAGACCAACCGCAGGACCGGGGGCUGGGGCCGCGUCAAGACGACGCGGCUGAUGUGGGUGAACGGCGAGCUGGACCCGUGGCGGGCGGCGACGGUGUCGGCGGACGAGAGGCCCGGCGGGCCGCUCACGUUCACGCCCGAGGCGCCCGUCUGGGUGCUCCCCGGGGGCGUGCACUGCAGCGACAUGCUGAUCAGGAAUGCGGCGGCGAACCCGGCGCUGCGCAGGGUCGUGGAGGACAUCUUGGGGACCAUGAAGAGGUGGGUGGAUGAGUAUUACAAGUGA